AUGGUCAUUGACUCCGUUCAACUUCGAUGUGACGAACUAGUUAUUGGGGCAUUGGAAGCGGCUUUUGUGGAUAUGGUAAGUGAAACAGACGAGUACCCGAAAGAUUCGUCAAAGAGAAAACUUCAGGAUUCGCAAAUUGCAGAGGAUAAGCAGACAUGGCGAAUUUCUGGCGGAUGUGCAGCAAUCGCUGUUCUAGUGUUUCUUGGCAAGCUUUUCAUUGCAAAUGCGGGCGAUUGUCGUGCCGUUCUCGUGACAGAUGAAGGAUCACGGCCUCUAAGCUCCGACUUUACGCCUGCUACAGAGCGAAAACGGUUACAAACUUUGGCAUAUCAAAAUCCCGAACUCAUCGGAAGUUGUUUUUCUCGUCUUGAGUACUCAAGGGCAUUGACGAAAAAAGAUCUCAAAACGAAAGUACUCUUCAGGGAUUGGUUUAUGGACGGUUGGGCUUCAAAAACUGUGAAGGAGUCGGAUCUUAAGCCACCGCUGAUCAGUGAGUCCACGAGAAAGAGACGUCUCCUCAACACAAUUGGGGUAUCUCGCGGCUUUGGAGACCAUCAUCUUUACACGGUUGACGAUCACCUACCAAUCAAACCGUUUUUAUCUUCUGUACCCGAGGUUGGUUAGUC